AUCAGCUGUGUCCAAUCACAGCUGAUCAUUUGGGACAUGUACACUGAUCAUCAGGGCACUGAUGAUCAGUGUGCCCUGAUGAUCAGUGUUGCCCCAGCAGUGCCACCUGUCAGUGCCCAUCAGUGCCACAUCAAUGCCACAUAUCAGUGCCUACCAGUGCACAUCAAUGCACAUCAGUGCCCAUCUGAACUGCCUUUCAGUGUCACCCAUCAGUGCCAGUCAGUGCCACCUAUCAAUGCCUAUCAGUGCCAUGUAUCAGUACUGCCUUUUAGUGCCCAUCAGUGAUGCCU